UUUAUUUAUAUAUUUAUUUAGAAAAAUGUUAUUGUCGUUUAAGUGCAUAUGAUUAUAACCGCGACUAUAUUUUCAAUGAGGUUAGAAUUCUAAUAGCAGCAUUGUUCAUUGACGUGUCAUUGAGUUACAAAUGGCGGCUACCGAUGAGCCUGUUUCUUUAGUGGAGAAAAAUAUCGAAAAAUUAAAUGUUUCGGAAAGUGAUUCGAACAAAACUGUGGAUGACACCAAAAUGGGAGAGAUUUAUGAACCACAUUUAUGGGGUUUCGAAACACGAGAGCUCUACAAAAUUGCACUGAAUUUCUAUAAAGAGAAAGAAGGAAAAGCUGUUCACCUUUCGUACGAGGAUAAAUUAAAAUUGGUUGCAUUUACACAACAAGUAAUGCAUGGAAAAUGUACUGCUGAAAAUGCCCCACCGUUAGGAGUUUUAGAUGUGAUCGGUAAAGAUAGACGUCUGGCAUGGCAAAAUUUAGGAGAUAUAUCUAAGGAACAAGCAAUGGAAGGAUUUAUAGUUUUAUUGGAUAAAUUGUGUCCUUUAUUUAAAACAGUAGUAGAAGCACAAAAGAGAGAUAUCGAAGAGAAAAAGCGUUUAAAGGAAGAGGAAGAAAUCAAACGGAUAGAGGAAGAAAAAAGAUUGGCAGAAUUGGCAGAAGAAAAAAAGAAAGAAGAAGAGGAAAGAUUGAAAUUGGAAUCGCAGAAAAGACAAAUACAAGAUGCGCUCAAUCAACAAACAUAUUAUCAAUUUAAAGUGUACGCCGAACAACAAUAUCCUGGAAAUCCAGAACAGCAAGCUGUUUUGAUUAGACAAUUGCAAGAACAACAUUAUCAUCAAUAUAUGCAACAAUUACAUCAGAAUCAAUUAGUCAUAGAAGAUCAAAAAACAGAAGAAUCAAAUGAAUUAGAUGGCACAAAUAAAGAUACCGAAAAGGAACCUAUCGCAGAAAAUGAAUCUGCGCUUUUACAAGAUGAUGAUUCGGAUGAGUUACAAGAAGAUUGGCCACCUAUUGCCCCUGCUGAAAUGUGGACAAGAAAAGGUGUGGAGGAAUUUAAAGAAACAAUUAGAAAGGACAGAGGUGACGCUGUUAUAAAGGUUGGUCAUGGAGAAACCGUUACUGUAAGAGUCCCAACGCAUGAAGAUGGUUCAUGUUUAUUUUGGGAAUUUGCCACCGAUGGCUAUGACAUUGGAUUUGGAGUUUACUUUGAAUGGUCUAAAUCAGAUACAGAUCAAGUAUCUGUUCACAUUAGUGAAUCGGAAGAUGAUGAUGAAGAAGAAGAAGAAGAAUAUGAAACCCAAGAUGAUUUAGAAAGUGGAGGAAUAAAUGGAAAUAAUAGAGUUGAAUAUAAACCAACCACACCACCUAUAAGUGUAAUAGUACCUAUAUACAGGAGAGAUUCUCAGGAGGAAGUAUAUGCAGGAAGUCAUCAAUAUCCUGGACAGGGAGUAUAUCUUUUAAAAUUUGACAAUUCAUAUUCACUGUGGCGAAGUAAAACACUCUACUAUCGAGUGUACUAUACCAGACCAGGAUUUACAAAGGAUUAGUUGUAAUUGUUAAAUUAAGGAUUUAUUGAGUGUAUAUUUGUUGUGCACUGGCUCGUCAUAAUCGCCUGCUGAUAUUGCUAGUCCAACUAAAUAAAGUGUCCUAUAUCCUGUCUUUUCUCACGUAAGACAAGGUGUUCACUGUGCAAAAAUGAAAAAUAUAUAUAUAUAUAUAUAUAUAUAUAAAAAUUAGUAUUCGUACCCGCCUACUAUAGGUUAAUCAGUGAUGUUGAAUGGAAAAAAAAGAAGAAAAGAAAAUUAAAAAAAAAAAAAAAAGAGAACUACGAAAAAAGAAAAGAAAUCUGUAUUAAUAAACAUUUAAUAUUGCUGCAUGUAUAUUUAAAUAUGAUACGUAGAUUCUGCCACUUUUAACCCUGUUACUUAUAUUUUUUUGAUUUGUUGAAAACGACAUUUAGAUUUCGAAUAAAUCCUCUGUUUUUCAGUGGCCCCUCUACAGCUACCUGAAGUUUUAAAUUUCUAUAUUUAUAUACAUUUAUUAUAAAUUAUCCAAUCAAAAUUAUAAAAAGAAAAGAAAAAUCUUUUAAUUUAUUAACGUAUCCGCAGGCAUAAGACGUUUAUUGAUAUAGAUGUUUAUUGUAUAGUUACGUAAGACACAUUUUGUUUAAAAAAAAAACAAAGAAAAAUUAGCACAA